AUGAUAGGGAGGAGAGAUCGGCGUCGGAAGGCGGGCCCUCGAGCGUUACGUCGCGGCGCGCGGUGCUGCGAGACUCGCUUGUUUCGCCGGCGCGCGCUCCACCCCCCUCCUGUCGCUCGCGUGUCCCCGCGCUACGCGAACGCAUCGGCUUCCUGCUCUAUCUCCUCGCUGCUGCUUUCUGCCUCUGUCAGCUCCGCUCGUGCUCGCUCGCUUGCGAUGCUCCGCUCGGGGCUGUUUAUCUUCCGGCGUUCUUUGGGCGUCAUUUUGCGUGUGUGUGGUUGCUGGCCUGGUUGUUUUUGUGGGGUGAAAGGCGAGGGGAGACAUUGGGUGUCGUCUCUUUCGGUGGAGUGGUCCUCCUUCUAUCUUGUCGCGGUGUUUUUUGCCGCCUCGUUUCGCUCUCUCCGCUCUUUCUUCCCCCCCUCAUUUGCUUGUGUGUUAUUUGUUCUCCUCGCCAACCAUCCCCUCGUUCACUCUCGCCCUCUGGUACCCCUACGCGCCGCUCCGGCGCUCAAUGCGGCUCGCCGUACCGCGGCGCGCUACGGUUUUGCGCGCUGGUGUCUGGGCGGCCUCUCGUCGGGGGAGUGCGCCCGGUUGCGCAGGCUCCUCCCACCCCCCUCUCGCCUCGCUAUAGCGCCAGCACCAUACCACGGACACGCACUCGCAUCUUCGUGCGAGGUCGGCAUCGCUGCCCCCAGCUCGCGUAUCGAGCCCUUCGUGUAUUGUACGCACGAACCCACCCAUUACCCGCUCUCAUUGCAUCACAGAGCCCGCCUCCGCCGGGACUCCCCUCCUCUCCCCACCCUCUUUCAUUUGUGUGUCUUCCUUCUCCCGUCCCCUUCUCGCGUAAAAGACUUCAACACCUCCCGCCCCCCCGAGUUCUCAAAAAGGGUACACGCUCCUCUCCUCACCACCCGAGCUCACACCACACCUCACAUCGCUCAUGCACACAUAGCACGACUCAGCCACGACCUACAGCGCACCGUCCAUGCCCGCCGCAUCCCAACUAACCCCACUGUCAACGACUACGCCUCCCUCGACAGCGCGCAACUGCUCCUCAGCCCCGCGCUACGAGCCCCGUCGGAACGACCCCAGCGCGCGACCACCCCCCCGACCACCCCGCCCAUAAGAGCCCACCCUUCCGGAUCACAUACGGCCCGCUCUCAUCCAACCUCCAGCUUCAGCCAACCCCCCCUCGACACACACGCCCCUACUCCCCUCUGCCUCCGGCGUCGUGACAUCCCUUUUCUCUGCGAUCGAUUCCUUCUCUCCGACCAACACCAAUACAGUUCACCGAUCAAUACCAUCCAGAAGUACAGGCGACUCUCCCUCAAUCACACUAUUACCCGAAACGCCCCCCACAACCCCCGCCAACGGCAUAACGGGCAGGCCGGCCACGACAGCCCAGCGACCCGCCAGACCGCCAUACCGCCUCCGCGUAACGUCAAAGGCGAAGGCCCCGAGGAGAUCCCCCGUCUCCCCUCAGACGCUAAGGUGACUCCCCCUCCUCGGCCCGCCAUCCCCCACGCACAGUCCACGCGCGUUCCGCCUAACUACCGGGAGCUCGAUCCCCGACCAAGCGACCACGUCAAGGGCAACCGUGCACCUCAGCUCAGCGCCGCAUUUCUCCUCCGUCCGCCCCAUCCACCACCCCUCGCACACGAUCGGGAGAAAUCCGCCGGGCCAUCACCCAAUCAAACUAAGGCUCGUCCCUCACCUAUCGAGACGGCCGACACAGGAACACCUAGGACCAGACCCAGCCUGCUAGCGAGACAUACCCUCCCCCCUCCCCUCCCCACCGACAUUCAACACCACUUCGAACUCUGA